GGACGUGGGCCUCGCAACACUCAAAAACACACUUAUAAGCGCUCCUAACUCGUCACCAUCACCAUAGACGAUCUCAAAAUAAAGCAAAAUAUCAAUUAUAAUGUACAAACAACGGUGAAAAUAUACCCUAACGUGAUUAAACUAACGUAAAUCGUACGCGAAGUGGAAAUGCGACAGUUCAUAGUGAAAUCAGCCUCCCAUUGAUAGUUUUACGGCAAAUAAGAAAAAUAAGUAUUGUUAAUCUAAAUCGAAGAUGAUUUGCAAUCGUGUCUCUACAUGACAGUGGAAUACUCGGGAUGGGUACGAAAUGUUUGUAUGUAACAAAAUGUAUAAUACGAAUAGAAGAUUCAAAAGGUCGUGUCCCAAAUGGUGCUGGAGGAAACGAAAUAUUUUAAUAAUCAUACCGGUGUGGUAAUUUAUUUAAUAGGAAAUUUAAAAUCAGUUUUGUGAUAGUGUUAUAAAGUUUAAAAUGAAUUCGUUUAACGCGCCCACAACGCAAAUAAAUACUAUUGAUAAAAUGACUACAGUGAAGUGUAAAUCAGUUGAUUUAGAAGGAUAUGUUAUUAUUGUAGUCCAAACGAAGGAUAAUAAAGUCAAAUUGUAUGGGUCGCCGUCUGCUGGGAACUGGGACAAUCUGGAGCUGGCAGACGAGAUAAUGGAUGUGAACGAAACCAGGCUAGAAGAUAUGUCUAGGACCGAAGUUUUAAGUCACAUACACGAGUGUAUAUCAUCGUGUGUGAUCAAAUUAAGAGUGAAAAGAAGGAGCGAGACAAAACUAUGUGUGAAAAUUUUACAAUCGCUUCGUACAGUUUGCUCCACUUUCUGA